AUGAAGAGAACAGCGGCUUGGUUGGCGCUAGGUCAGCAGAUUCUCGCGUCAACUGCGACACCGAUCGUGAACCUCACUGGAUAUGGAUGUUUCCAGGGCCUCUCGAUUAACAGCUCCCUCACCAAUGACACCCUGCCAGCAGCAGUAGAUGCAUGGCUUGGCAUCGAUUAUGCCGCGCAGCCCGUUGGCGAACGCAGAUUUCGCCCGGUCGAGAGUCGACCAUUAACUUUCGAAGGAGUUCGUCCGGCGACAGCAUAUGGCAAGGCGUGCGUCCAGGACCCAGACGAACUUCCUUAUGAGCAAGGUGAAGCAUGUCUAAGUUUCAACGUCUACCGCACAGCAGGCGUUCCGUUAAAUCAAAAGCUACCCACCUUGGUCUGGAUCCAUGGAGGAGGUUUCGUUUCUGGGUCUUCACGCAGUAUCGACGGGGCAGCCUUCGCUGCAAACUCGAAAGAGCCAAUUGCGGUUGUCAGCUUCCAGUAUCGCCUCAACUCCCUCGGGUUCUUGCCUUCGGCAUUAUUCGAGCAGGAAGGCUUACUGAACCUUGGCUUGCUCGAUCAGCGUUUCUUCCUUGAAUUUCUUCAAGACCAUCUCGCCUCUUUCGGUGGAGAUCCAGAACAGAUUACCCUGGGCGGCCGCUCAGCUGGAGCGCAUUCAACAGGGAUCCACUACUUCCACAACUAUGGCAACGAUCCUGGGAAGCCUCUUUUCGCUCGGGUAAUACAUCAAUCGGGAUCUGUCACGGCUCGUGCUUUCCCGGACUCCAGCUAUCCCCAGUAUCAGUCGGACUUCAAGAGGUUUAUGGGUGCGUUGCACUGCCCAACCAAUGCCACGAAUGCCGCAGCUUUACAAUGUCUGCGAAAAGCGCCGAUUGAUGCGAUUCAAUCCAUCAGUGCUCAGAUGUAUGCAGACGGGGCACCAUCCAUUGCAUGGCCAUUCCAGCCAACACUUGGAGGCCCGCUGCUCGAGCGUCCAGGUUCGGUCUCCGGUAUUGAGGGAACCUUCUUCCAUCUGCCUGCCAUCACUUCCCAUGUCACCAAUGAAGGAAAAUUCUAUACUCCGGGCACUUUACAGUCGAACGAUGACUUUUUGAACUUCAUGCUUAACACUAGCCCAGAUCUGAAUGUAACCGAUAUCGCCGUAUUGAACGAGCUCUACCCAGAUCCCGUGGCUCAUCCAGAUUCACCCUACAGUAGCUCGCCAAACAGCACUCAAUACAACCGCCUUUCGGAAGCCUGGUCCGACUAUGCGUAUAUCUGUCCAAGCCGAGAAACUGCAUUCCGAGUCUCGAAAGCAAACGUGCCAAUCUGGCGUCUGCGCUUCAAUACUCCCGAUCUUCCUCUGGAGUACACUUCAUGGCGCGGCAUUCCGCAUACUUCAGAUACUCGUUACACGUGGGCCUCGAAGCGCGUGCCGUACGAGAUUACUGGUUCGAUUUACCAUGCUUAUUUGGCCAGCUUCGUCACGACUGGAGAUCCGAACACGGCACGACUUGAUGGAACGCCAGAGUGGCCACAGUAUGAUGGGUCAAAAGGUGCAGAUGCUGAACAGCUUCUAGUCAAUCCAGGGAACUUUACUGUCGUCGAACGCGACUCAUAUCGUAGGGCUCAGUGUGAUUUCUGGAACGACGAAGCUCGAGCUGCAAGGCUUCACAAAUAG